GGCAAAAUUACUUGCCUUAGAAUAAUUCUCGUGUUCUCCCCCUUUUAACUUCAGUCCCAACCUUCUUACCAAUUCGAUUUCCCUCCUUAAGCUCACCCCGGAAACCCCAACUAUCGCCACCUCCUUCUUCAACGAUCGCGUUCCUCAACGAUCGCGUCUCUGGUCUCCAUUCUCAGCCGCCAACUCUUUGGUAUGAUCCCUUCUUUUAUAAGCUUAUAACUUUGCAUCAAUGAUGUGGGAUUUUCUUUUUUUUUUUUCUCCUUUUGCGGUUGAACUGAUUUUUAUUUUUAGUUUUUGAAUUUGGGGAAAAUUUUCUCUGUGUUAAGAUAUUGCUCCGAAAAGGAGAGAAACAAUUAAGGUGGAGACGUUGUUCUUGUUCGGCGGUGCCAUAUAGCUCCGUGAUCAUGAAAGAUUAUAUUUUUCUGCUUUGAAACCAGGAAUUUGUUCUUUUAUAUGCCCAAGAUUUAGGUUCAAUUCGAAAUUUGGAAAAGGAAGGUAUCGUUUGGGGUUGUCUUUAAUUUCGGUUAUUGCAACCAGCAAAAGGAUUUUGCAAACCUGGGAAUUUUCUAUUGAAUUUGGAAUUCGGAUAGGAUUUUUGACUCGGGGAUUAUAUAGUUAGUUGUCUUUUCUGGAGAUGUGAAUAGGUCUAGAAACUUGCAUUUUCAGUUUAGCAUUGUACUGCCAUUACUUAGUCUCCUUUUGGAUUUACGAACGAUCAUGGAAAGAUUUGGUUCCGUUUUACAUUUAUAGCAUUCAGUAUUGAAGCCCAUUAUAUAAGCUAGCAGUCACAAUUCCAUGUAAAAAUGCCCAAUAGCAGUACUAUUAGAUGUCUGAUAAAGUGAAUAUUGAAUAGUUCUUAAAAUUUCGUGAGAUUCUAAAUGUUUGUAUACAGAAUAAAUGCACAAUUAGGCUUGCUAUAGUCUUUUAUGCUUUGUGGUACCUUUGUUCUGCAUUGUGGCUGGAAUAUUUUCUCUCGUGUGAGCAUCUAGUCAUGUCUUGUACCUCCACUUUAGGACCUUCGGGGAAUUGAAUUGGCUUCCUCGUUCUUGCUGUAGUCGCUUUGACUGAACAAUCAUUGCAUUCACUCUCAAGUCAAAAGAUCAAUCUCGACUACCCAAUGGUAAACGAUGUAUUAAGUCUCAUAUAAGGUUAUGUGAACCUCCAAAACAUUCAGAGGUCCUCUAUUCUCAGUCAACUAAAGAUCUGCCAUGAGUUCCUCUCCUAAAAGAGCCAAGAUAGCAAACCUGCAGGAAGAUAGACUCAGCUCUCUUCCUGAUUGCAUCCUAUGUCAUAUUCUCUCCUUCAUGUCCACGAAAGAUGCGGCGAGAACAUCUAUUCUGUCUACAACAUGGAAGUACCUUUAUCUAGGUGUUCAAAAUAUUGAUCUUGAGGAGAACAUAGUGGAGGAGGAUGAGGAGCCUGGUAUUUUACAACCUCAAGGUAGCAGAAACAGGAGUGCGGGUUUUGUUGGCUUUGUGAAUAGGAGGCUUAUGUUGAAUGGAACAUCAAACAUAACUGAUUUUCGAUUGAAGUGCAGAGAGUUGCCUGAAGCUUAUGUGAGUUUGUGGCUUACUGCUCUACUUUUACGUGCCGUCAAGGUUCUUGAAAUUGAAGUGCUAACAGAGCAGGGCAACGCUCAGUCUCAAUGCCCACCUACGGGAUUUUUUCGGUCGCAAACUUUGGUGGUCUUGAAAUUAUGUGGACCAAACAUUGUCUUCAAGAUUCCUGAAUUUGUCUGCCUUCCAAGUCUCAAGGUACUCCACUUAAAAUAUUUGGAUAUGCAGUUUGAAUCUGACAAGGGUAUAUUAGCUGAAGGCAGUCCCCUGCUUGAGGAUUUGAGGUUGGAUCGAAUCAGGCUCCCAAAGAAGCAGUGGUCGAUUGCUCGGCCAUCAAUAGUUGCAUCUAUUCUCAGAAUAGCCCUUCCCAAGUUGAAAAGGCUGGAAUUCAUCAUGCCUAGGGAGGAUAAUAGAGUAUACGAUCUAUAUCUUUAUGCCCCACAUCUUCAACAUCUGGAGUGUAGCUUAACAGAAGAGUAUAAUCCAUCCAACAUGUUCAUAAAUUCGUUCAACAGUGAAUAUCUGAUAUCAGCAAAAGUCUCUCCCUCUGGAAAUCGAGUAGCUUUUACUGGAUGGCAACAAGUUUUUGUUAGAGCUUUAGCUAAGUUCGGCACACUCAAAGAGCUUCAUGUAUCAAAGAGGUUUUUAGAGUUUUUCGGCAGGACCCCAAGUCACGAAUCACUCUGGAUUCUUCUUGAACGUUCUCCAAGUCUAGAAGUGCUUGACACUGUAUGCUUAUUUUUGCUGAAGCUGAUACAGGUACUUGCUCCCCUCCAGAGAAUGAGCCGCCAUCGUGCUUGGUUCAAUGUCUUAAAGAAAUCAGAAUAAGAAAGUUUGAAGGGAAUAAAGAUGAGUUUUCAGCAGUGCAAUACUUUCUACAACAUGGAGCAGUUCUAGAAAGGAUGAUAAUACAGCGUUCAAGUUAUCAAAUUAAGGAAUGGCCUGAGGUGGUGUUGAGGCGGCUACUGAUGCUGGCACGGCGUUCAUCAAAAUGUCAAAUUGAGCUCAAUUGAAGUUAAGCUUUGUCCAAUCUCUUUCAAUCAAGUUGGAGGAGAGGCAGCAUUCAACUGGCGCUAGGUAGGCUUUCUUUAGAUCACAAUCAGUCAGCGGGAACUAUGGUGCUUGCAUCUUUUGAUUUUAGUCAUACUAGUUUUUUUUUUUUUUUUUUUUUUUAACAAAGAAUGAUGGCUGAAAUGUUGCAUAUCAUAUCUAACCGAGAAUGUAGGCUUUUACUUAUGACCUUUAAUUUUGGUCAAAAUCUUGGAAUAAUCUUUGUUACUCAAAAUCAAUAUUGCAUAGCUUAAAAUUUCAAUCUGUUAUAGUAACACCAUUCGUUGUAAAUUUUCAUUGACUUGUUCAUUGUAUAUAUAUAUUUAUUACCAUGUUAGUUAUAAAUAUGACUAAAGAUGUUGUCAAACGGAAAGCCAAGCCAAACUUACUUUAAAUGAAGUAUUCAGCCUGCCUCAAAACGUUGGGUACUUUCUUUGGAUCAUCGGUCAACAG